AUUGGCAUUGUUUGAACCUUGCGAGACACCGUAACACGUUUAAUUUAAUAUCCCACAUUGCUUUGCGACGGCUGUGUUUCAGGGUUUAUUUUUUAUGUUGUAAAGCAGUAUCCAGUUUAACCAUGACUGACCGUUACACAAUCCACAGUCAGUUGGAACAUUUGCAGUCCAAGUACAUUGGGACAGGCCAUGCAGACACCACAAAAUGGGAAUGGCUUGUGAAUCAACAUCGGGACUCUUACUGUUCCUACAUGGGACACUUUGACCUGCUGAAUUACUUUGCUAUUGCCGAGAAUGAAAGCAAAGCUCGUGUCCGGUUCAACCUAAUGGAGAAGAUGCUACAACCCUGUGGACCUCCAGCUGAUAAGCCUGAUGAUGUGUAGAUGUCUUUGAGGUUUAAAUUCUUUUUACUGUUGAAUACAGAAUAAGGAUAUAAUGAUGCCUUUGACUGACACAGACAAGCAGGACAUUAAUAAUUCCAUUAAUUUUCACUUGUUUUGCUGUUUGUAGUAAAAUAACCAUUUUAAAAAAAAACCAAAAAAACAUUUUUAUUCUAUGUAUUAAUUUCUAAUCCCUGAGGCCACUACUAGAAAUUUCUGUGUUAAUGAGGCUGAGGUUAUUCCAUGGGUGUUCACACUUGACCUUCAGAAUCAGACUGGAUUUCUCAAAUGGUAGAAGCUCAUGGCAGAAGCAUACAAAUAUGUAUUUGAUUAAAGCAUUGGUCAUUUAACUGCAGUAAAAUGAGUAUAUAUUAGUAAAGAUUUGGUUUUCUUUACAUUA